CAAUUCAAAACAUUUGGCGCGAAAUAUGGGCUGCUGUGGACAUUCGCGGGAUACAGGUUCGAAAACAAUACGUACCAUUGGCCCUGUACGAAAUAGAACAUGUACAGAUAUUCCUUGUUGUAUAUUGUUCGCAAUAUUCAUCGUUGGUUUCCUUAUCGUUACUUUGUGGAGUUUUGCCAUGGGAGACUUUAAACGUGUCGUACAUCCAACUAAUUCGCAGGGACAAGUUUGUGGUCGUGAUGUUCCUGGUAAACCAUAUCUGUUCUUCUUUGAUUUGCAAAGUUGUCUCAGACUGGGGCCAGCUUUAGUUGUUACAGGGUGCCCGACGCCUCAGGUCUGUGUAGCAUCGUGUCCAAAAUAUUACUGGUCUUGGAAAGGUCCCUUUGAUCAAAAACUUCAAUAUGUUAGGAGUUUAAUGAUAUGUGUAGGGGGUGUAGAUGCGAAUGAUCCUAAAUUUGCCAACCAGAGUAUUGAUCAUUUAGUACAAGACAAACAAUGUGCCCCAUAUGUAUAUCAUUCUAGAUCAAUGCUUGGUCGGUGCAUCCCAAGUCAAGUAUCUCGGUUAAUGGGAAAUGGAACUGGUCAAGUUCGUGAUGAAACUGGUAAACCUAUACUUUUAAUGGAUGCCAAAAAUCAAGAGGUGAAUGGUAUGGAAGUAGUGAAAAGUCGAAAAUUGGUGUUGGAAUUUACUACAUUCUUUGAAAAAGUUGUUGCUGAUCUAAGCCAAACCUGGCAUGUUAUAUUAGUAUGUAUUUCAGUAUCUGUGGUGUUAUCAUUCUGUUGGAUCGUUUUAUUACGAUGUUGUGCAUCAGUUAUGGUUUGGACUUCAUUAAUUCUGUUUGUCGCCCUGUUUUCUUUCGGCACUGGGUUUUGUUUUUACAGAUGGAGUGUACUACGUAAAACAACUGAGGGUUCUAAUGACCUUGAAUUCUCUUUGGAUAUCGCAUCGUAUUUCCGUUUAGCAUCGACAUGGCUUGCAUUAGGAAUUAUUUUUGCUAUUCUACUGGUGAUCAUACUUCUGAUAUUAAUAUUUUUACGCAAACGUAUUCUUGUGGCUAUUGCAAUAUUAAACGAAGCAAGCAAAGCAGUUUCAACUAUGACAUCUGUAUUAUUUUGGCCAAUACUACCGUUCAUUCUUGAAUUGAUUGUUAUUGCUCAAGUUUUAUUUGUGGCUAUUUCAUUGCGAACAAUAUCUGAUCCUGUUGGGACUAAAAUUAUGAAUGAUGAUCCUACAGUAACUCCUGGAUUUGGAGAUAAGGCUAGAAAUGAUAUAAGAGAAAUUUUUCAACUUAUCCCAUGUGAUCCUUUACAAAACAAUUCAGCUGGCAAAGCUUGUCGUUUUCUGUAUUAUGGAGACCGGAAAUAUACUAUCUACCUACAAUUUUUCAAUUUAUUCAUGUUUUUUUGGUUAAUCAAUUUUGUCAAAUCCUUAACACAAAUGACUUUAGCAGGAACAUUUGCUGAAUACUACUUUUCGUCUCAUAAUCAAAAAUCUUCAUCAAAAUGUCCAUUAAUAACAAGUCUAUUUCGAUCAACCUUUUAUCAUACUGGUUCAUUAGCAUUAGGAUCGUUUCUAAUUGCUUUAUUACAAUGGCUACGUGUUACACUUGAAUAUAUCAAUGCAAAAUUGAAGAAAGCUAAUAAUCCUGUUACAGAUUUUCUCUUGAAAUGUUUAAGUUGUUGUUUUUGGCUACUUGAGAAAUUUCUAAGAUUUCUUAAUAGAAAUGCUUUUAUUAUGAUUGCUAUCUAUGGUCAAAGUUUUUGUUCAGCCUCUCGUUCAGCAUUGUCUUUACUUGCGCGCAAUGUAGUCAGACUAUUUGUGGUCGAUAAAGUGACUGAUUUUAUUUUAUUUAUUGGGAAACUUGUUGUUGUCAGUAUUGUUGGUAAGUGAAUAUAUUUAAAUUUUAUGUGAACAUGGCUAAAUAAUAUUUGAGUAGGGUUAUUUUUUUACUGUACUAUAACAUUGUAUUACUGGUUCAUUUUAAGGUUUAAUAAGGACAUUUCCUGUACAGUUUUGUAUAAGCGGUGUCUGUAAUGACAGUUUUACAAACUUUUUUGAAUGAAAGUAAAAAGAAUUCAGCGAAGAAAAUUUCUUCACUGAAAUGACACAAUGGGUUAUUUUAACUAACUGUUUUGUUCUAUUAAUAAUAAAUAUGCAAGAACGAUAAGGUAUAAAUCUGAUUGGUAUAUUUCUUGAGAAUGUGUUCGGGAAAAAAUAACUUCUAUUUGACCUAUUCUAAAAAGAAAGAAUUAAUUGUUGUUGAUAUCCUUCAGAAAUCAGUUAUUGGUUAGUUUGGUUAUGAAAGAUAAAUAGUAUUCAUAAUGAUCAUUAAUACUUGAAUCCGACUUUACCGAAUAAAGAUUUCACUACUUAAGCUGAUUAUAAUAAAUUAACCUUGGGAUCUGUUGAAACAAGUUGUUAAAAACUUAACCAAUAACAAUACUAUACAAAUUUCUAUUGAAAAUAAUUGUUGUAUUUUUAUAGUUGACCUUUAUUUCAUUCUUCGUGGUGGCCUUGUUUGGUCACCCGAAUGUUUAUCAUCGUUAAGCGUAAGUGAUUUCUACUAUGACAAUUCAAAAUUUUAUAUAAUGUCUUCUGUGUAUUAGCAUGCUGUCAAGUCUCAUUUAAAAAUUUCUAUGUUACGCGUAUCAUGCAUGGAUCUCACACAGUAAUUUUCUGUGUUGUAUUCAUUGUUAGUUUAUAAAAUGCUAAAUUUGAGACUUCAUACCAUGGUUUGUAUCAUUGUACAGUAAUGGUUACUAUCAAUUCACAAUGUUGUCUAAACUAAUUCAUUUAAUCCAUUCAUUCUCUGGUGGAUAUGAAGAAUAAUACCAUUAAGAUUGUAUGUAACCAUUUCAACUAUUAAUAUUUCACUUUGUGUUACUAGUUAUUUUUUCCUGUUGUUUGCCAUCUAAAAUGGAUCAUAAUUUUUUUGAAUUCAGGUGGUAUGGCUUAUGUCUAUUUGGAAGGUAUAUUGUUCAAAGGGAAUGACUUUCUAAGUGACGCGUUUACUUCUAAUCUUCAUUAUGCAUUCGUGCCAUUGGGUAUUAUCAUACUUGCAUCUUACCUUGUGGCGUCAUUAUUCUCAAGUGUUUUUGAAAUGGGUGUCGAUACAAUAUUUCUUUGCUUUUUGGAAGAUUUAGAGAAGAAUGACGGAUCUGCUGAAAGACCAUAUUAUAUGAGUAAAAAUCUUAUGAACAUUUUAGGAAAACGAAAUGCUCAAUUACCACAAGUUAAACAAGCUAUUUAAUAUUAUUUUUGUUCAAUGUGCCUUCAUUACACGUCAUAGUUUCUUUUUUUUUUGUUUUGUUUUGUUUUUAAUUUUGCACAAAAUAUUUGUUUAAAAAAAAUUACAAAUAGAAAUACAAUCAAUCCUAUUUCAUUUGCAUUUUCUUUUCCCGCCAAACAUUAAUGACUUGCUUUAUCACAAUCUCUUACGUAAUAUUCACUCACCGCUUUAUUUGUUUAGGUACGAUAAUUUAUCAGAAAUAAUCUUUUGUUCCCUUCUUAGUUUUUCUUCCCAGAAACUCACAUUAUUAUUAUUAUUAUUAUGUUUUGCUUAAAAUUUGUUAUGCAAGUUUUUUUCCGCGUUUUUUUAAUCUAAAAAUAAACGUUUGUUUUACUGAUC